AAGAGUGUCCCCGUAGCUGUCGGGUAGAGCACACGGCUCGGCCGCGAUACGCGGAUUAUCCGCGCGGCUCGUUUAUUCCCGCGGUCGCAGCUACAACCACGACAAAAUCGGCCUACUGGCCCCUACCUCGAUGAUCCCCGUUUCGAUACCAGCAUCCACCGAUACCACGAUCGAUCCGCAACGAUCGACGUUUUAGGCGAAUCAUCGAAUGUGUCGUUAGUAGAGAGAACAGUGUAGUGGAUCUUCGAUUGUGUUUUCAAAUUCUCAUGGACGAUAGUGAAGAGAAAGUGAUUAACGAAGGAUGGUACAUAGUUUUAUGUUGAAACUGUUGGAAAUUGAAGGUAGAAGAUAACGAACGCGGGAAACUGGACAGAUUAUUUAAGAUUUUCAUAUCCUUUUCUUCGUAUUUUGUUAAAUCAAUCGGAGGUUUCUUUUCCUUCAUUUCUUCUUUCGAACGUAACAUUAGGGAUCGAUAUUUACGUUCGAUAAAUGUUUAGAAAUUCAUGUGCUCGACGCAGUGCCGAAGAACAGUUGCUUGCAGUUCUUCAAACGCGUCGGUCGAUGUUUAUACGCUCCACUCCGGCGUCGAGCACGUGAAUUUGUAUACAUUUACUAAUUCGUCUCGCUGGACGGAUUAUAAUUAUCAGUGUCGAAUCAAGUGGUACGAGAUAAUGAGUUUCGCGUGUGAUUCAAGAUAAUUGUGAUCGUUAACACGCGUGUAAAUCGCAUCGGUUACGAUCAAGAUUACCAUCGUUCGAAUCCGAUUUUCAGGAAUUUAUUUCUGAUCUAUCUAUCGUUCGGUUAUUCAAAUUUCAUUCCUCUAUCCUCGUCAAAUUAUUUGAUAAAGAGAUCGUUUUCAUUGGUGAGAAAUAAAUUCGUAAAAAUUCGUAAAAAUUUCAACCGAUCUAAUCCUUCAAAUCGCAUCGAACUUUGAACAAGAAGGGAUCGUCCAAGCCUGGUCUGCGUGGUUGGAAAUCGCUCGUGUAUUUGAAUAAACACGCGACAAGGGGAAGGAGAGAUCGAUGAGCGGCGAUAGAAUCGCGAAUAUCGCGAUAGUCUGUGCGGAGCUCGUGCCGAUAACGUAACGCGUUAUCGGUCCCGAUCGAAUCUGAUCGGCACACUGAUCAGGGCCACCUUGAAAUCGGUAGAGCGUAUUGGUGACGGUUGCGCGACGUUGAGUCGUUAUUUCGGCCCCGAAAACCGUCGGGAAAAUCGACCACCACCAGAAUGUGAUCGCACGUCGCGUCGACAAGUUUCUUCGUGAAUAAAAGACAAUUCAUGUAUAAAAAAAUAAGUGAUACGCGAAACGGAUCUCGUUUGAUUUCUGACAUGAGUUUGCUGUUAUGGAGACAACGAAGAGGCAGCCAACUGAAGGGGGAUCCAUCGUUAUCGUUGACAAGGGAGGAUGAGGAAUGGAGCGAUUCGGAGAAGACACCUUCGGUGAGCAGUGGCGUGGAGGGUGGUGGAUCGGCGGUUUCCAGUCCGAUCGCGCCGGUCGUCGAAGAGGAAUCGAACUUGCCGCCACCGCCGCGAUUGAACGCCUCUUCGUCGUCGGUUACGAUCGCCAAUUCGGCCGCUGAAGAUAUCAGAACGAGGCUGAGCGUACUGUCCGAAGACGCUCGGAAACGGUUGGCUAGUUUUACCGAAGACAUCGAGGUUGCCAGAAGCUUAAGAGACCGACAUGCCAGCUCGAGGCCGAAUCAAACGCGAGAAUCGAGUCCGAAAGACACGGACGAGGAAUCGAACCUAGUUGUGGUGAAAGAAGAGGACUGUCAACCGAGGUCGUCUUCUUCUUCGACGUCGUCGAUUAGAAGACGAGAAUCGGUAUGUAGGAGGGACUCGGAGGAUUCCUCGAGGCGAUCGAACGCGGAUGAUUCACCGUCCGAGAAGAAGCUUAAGCCCGACGACGAGGCAACACCAAGACUGAGACUGAAUGCUAGUCUGGCGACGGAUCCUGCUCUUCGGCCCGCCGCUGUAGCCGCGCUCACCGUCAAGCCGGAGAACACCUCGCCGCCGAAUCCUGUGCCACCUUUGCCAGCCGGACUUCAGAACGCAAUAGCCUCGGGUCGACUGUUCAUGCUGCCAACCGAUGGCAAAGAAACGAUCACCGUUGAACCCGCCAGGCCAGCGCCGUUGAUUUGUCCACCGUGUGGCAUCCGGUUCAGUUCAGCGAGCACUCUCGAAGCUCAUCGAACUUUCUACUGCGCCCAUCGGCCUCGGCUCGAAGAGGACACAGCGAACGAGGAGGACGAGGAGAAAUCGAACAAAUUCGAAGUAAGGAAAGCGUACGCUUGCCCUCACUGUUCCUACAGCGCGGACAAGAAGGUGUCGUUGAACAGACACAUGAGGAUGCACGCCGCCUCGCCGGCACCGCCUACGAUACCAACCGCGCCUACCACAGCCACCACCCCGGGAAGCGGAACAGCGACAACCUCGAACGGAUCGCUGAACGAAGAGGCGGAGAGAUAUUGCAGAAAUUGCGACAUUAGAUUCAGCUCGCUGAAGACUUACAGAGCGCACAAGACUCAUUAUUGCAGUACCAGGCACGUGGUUAAAGACACCCCACCGGCGGCUAGCGCGAGUUCCUCUUCGGUGAAAGCGUCUCCACCGACCAGCGCCAGUCCUGGUGAAUCCCCGCCGCCCCAGCCUUGCCUGGCACUGCCCACCAAUCCGAUCCUCAUCGUACCGUACUCCCUGUUCCGCGGAGCAAGCGUCCUGGCAGCGCCGACCUUGCCUGCGCCUGAUACCGCGUGCUUUCUUCUUCCAAACGGUCAUCUUCAACCGAUGACUAGAGGUCUCGCCGCCACAGCGCAAAACACCGUCGAUCCUCCGCCAGUUCUUCGAGCCGCGAACAAACCUACCACACCUGCAUCCGUGGUAGCAUCGUCCACGUCGCCACCUGGCUCGGCACCUCUCGAUCUAAGCGUCAGAAAAUCACCGGCGCACCAAGAUGAAAAGGAGAACAGGGUGUCGCCGGCACCCUCUUCUCUGCCCCCGCCACCUGGUAGCCCAAGAUCAAGAGGAAGCGGUAGUCCCAGAGCAAGGUCCAUCGGUUCUGCAGCAACCGCAGUUGGAACUGUUGCACCGCCACCGCCAACGGAGCUCGCUCUGAGACUAGCCGAGUUGCCGCCACCCCCGGUUCCUGGAGUCCUUGUCAAACAAGGUGUCUCGAGAUGCAAAGAAUGCAACAUAGUCUUCUGUCGGCACGAAAACUUCGUCGCCCAUAAGAAGCAUUAUUGUCAGGCGAGAGAGACGACGGUUAGCAGCAGUCCUCCGCCACCUGGUACGCCUUCGCCUCCUUUGGUUCAACUUAUCUGUGCCGCGUGCGGCAUCAAGUUCGCCUCCAUGGACAAUCUGGUAGCUCAUCAAGCGUUUUACUGUCCUAAGAGGGCAGAACCCCAGGAACAUCACUCGAGAUGUUCCAAAUGCAAGGCUAUAAUCGAGCCCGGAAGUACGCAUACCUGUUCAAGUGGACCCACCGGUGGUUGGAGAUGUCCAGUCUGCGGCGCGGUUAGUCCCACAGCCGGCGCUGCUCAGCGUCACAUGGACGCGCACCAGGGUGUCAAAGCUUUCAGGUGCACGAUAUGUCGAUACAAAGGAAACACGUUGCGCGGUAUGAGAACGCAUAUCAAGAUGCAUUUUGAAAAACGCGGUACCGACUUACAAGAGGAAAAUUAUAUAAUGUGCGUGCUCGACGACGAAACGGUUCUUCCUACACCGGAACCAGCUCCGGCCACCACUCCUGAGGAAAUCCCUGGGGAGGUGCAAGUGAACGGAAAGACGGAAGUUCGAAAGAGUCCGCAACCACCACCUCCACCACCGCCGCCCCCGCCAACGGUGACCGGCAAAGUAAAACAAGAACGAGAGGACACACCACCUCCGGAGGAAAGUCUCGACCCGAAUAAAAGCGGUCCCCGUUAUUGUAGAUCCUGCGACAUCAGCUUCAACUAUCUGAGCACGUUCAUUGCUCACAAGAAAUUCUACUGCUCCAGCCACGCCGGUGAAGCGAGCAACAACAACAACAACAAUAAUAAUAAUAAUUCGAGCAGCCACGCUACAACACCUCCAAGUGGCAGGACCGAGGCAUCCGUACUUUAAGACUCUCAGGACACGGCUAAUGUCAGCGAGACAACUAAUGGGACUGUUAAUUGUUGCCAGUUUAUACAUAUAUAUAUAUACAUAUAUAUAUAUAAAAUAUAAUAUAAUAUAAUUACAGAUUUAGUUGACAACCGUUGUGUGAUUUCUGUUGAUCCAGGGAAUUGUUUGUACUUAUAAGUUCAAUUAGCCAACGUGUAUAUACGCGUACGUGAACGCGACGAGGAACUGCGUAAAGGAUAAGCGAAAUUAGUUAGAGCGAGAACAAGUACAGUGAUCGUAUUCACGUUUGCUAGUUCGCUUUUGGUUCGUCUAGGUAUGUUCGAUGUAGGAUCGCGUAUUAAAAUGUAUAAGAAGACAAUGAAAUACCAAAGUGGAACUAGCAAAUGGAGAACACAGCGUCUUGCAUACGAAGGAUCGUGGUUGUGAUUAUGUUUGCGUGCAGUUGGUCCUCGAAAGCCACGAUCGAACCAUACAAAAGGUGUGCAAUCUCAUGACUCUUUAAUAAUCUCGUAGUUUUAACUGAUUAUCGACAACAUACCUAAGGAAUUACGAAAAAUAAUGAAUGUAAAAUGUUGUACAGUAGACGAGUAGAGUAUUACGGAACGAUAUAAGUAGUUAUCCUGAAUGAUACCAAUUCCCAGCUUGUGCAAAAAUGCUAAGUUGCAAUAUGACAUUUAAUAUAUUAUAUAUAAAUAUAAAUAAAUAAUUUCAUGUCCAUAAAAAUCGCGCUCAUACUAUCGACGAGUAAGUACGUUGAUAAAUUGUAUCCAGACUGCCAUAGAAAGAUUCGCUUGCCAACAGAUACUGUCGUGGAACAGCUAAAGAACUAAACGAGCCCUAGUAUUCCCCUCGAAUUCAGGAUACGAUAUUUAAUUGGAUUCUUACCAACGCAUUUGCUUCGUUACAUUACAAUCAAAAGAAAGCAUCGCGUGUAUGUACUUGUUAACAAGUUACGAUCCGUUGCGAGCGCGUAAAUGUAAAAAUUAGAAUUAAGGCCAGUGUUACACGUAUACGCAAGCGUACUAUUCAUAUCAUUAUAAACAAGUUCGUUUAAAAAAACAUGAAUUUCUUCGCGUGUGAGUUUUGAUGAUGAUGAUGAUGAUGAGAGAGAAAGAAUGAAUGAACGGGUGAACGUAACUUGAACGUUGUCAUAGAACAAUGCAACGUAUUUGAAAAAUCUCAGUUAUAUAAAAUUGUUUUCAUAUUUUGGCGAGUAGCAUAGUCAGAUAAACGCGAAUGUUCGCAAAUACUUUUAUAAAGUAAUUGUUAUAUUAUUUACGGGCCUUCUGCUAAUUACCGUUUAAAGUAAAGCAAGAGUCACCGGUAUUCCAGCAAAAAUAAAUGCAAAAGAUUUGAUAACAACACAUUACAGAUGAGAUACUUUAUUGCUAAACAAUUUGUAAAUCUCUAUCUGGUACUUCCAACAAUUUGUUACACAUUAUAAACCUGGUAUAUCAUUAUAUGCCAUAUCGUCGAAAA